CUCUGCGCUUUAACUUGCGGGGCUGUGUACGAAGUCUGAAGCCCAAACCGAGCUGUUUACUCAACGCAGCUGCUGCCCGUCUCAUCUCGACUCUGACAAUGAUGUUCUGAAAAGACUUUCCAUUCUGUUCAUUCGGACUUCAAAAUAUUCCACGAGGAACGUCAUUUGCUAAACAGUUAUUUGAAGUUGCGCGGAUGACACCAAUCGUGAUUACUCUACUCAAUUAACGGAAUAUCCUCUGGACUCUUUUUUUUUUUCUCCGCGCAAUUGGUUUUACUGUUCUGUCCCUCCCCCCUCUGCUGGGAUUGAAAAACAAGGGAAGCGGACCCAGGGGGGUAGGCUUGUGAUCAACGGAGUGUCUUCAUCACGAAGCCAAAUGGCAUCCAGCCAACCAGAGAGGAGCAUGUCCAAAAUGGCUUCCUCUGUAGUGGUCCGCAUCUGACCAGGGGAUCUGAGGUAGUCAACCACAGGGGGACUAGGGUGCCAUUUGGGAUGCAGAAGGAGCCGAGGGGGACACGGAGCUGAGGGGCGCCCCUGUGUGAUGAACCUGGAGCGUCCGGCAGGGAUGGUGCGGGUCCGGGGCCUGGACACGGAGCACCGUACGGCAGGGAGGCUGGGGAAACUGGCCCUCGGGUUCCAGAGGAGCUCCACGUCUGACGACGACUCAGGCUGUGCCCUGGAAGAGUAUGCCUGGGUCCCGCCCGGACUUAGACCUGAACAGGUGCAGCUGUAUUUCUCUUGCCUUCCGGAGAACAAGGUUCCGUACGUCAACAGCCCUGGAGAGAAACACCGGAUCAGACAGCUCCUCUACCAGCUGCCUCCACACGACAAUGAGGUUCGGUAUUGUCAAUCUCUCAGUGAGGAGGAAAAGAAGGAGCUCCAAAUGUUCAGUGUCCAGAGAAAGAGGGAGGCUCUAGGGAGAGGGACUCCCAGAAUGCUUCCCCGAGCACUACAACAUACCCGAUGUGAUCAUUGUGGUCAGGGCAUCAACGGUGGAGAGAUGGCCAUAUUUGCAUCACGGGCCGGUCCUGGGCCGUGCUGGCACCCAGCAUGCUUUGCUUGCGCCACGUGUAAUGAGCUGCUGGUGGACCUGAUCUACUUCUACCAGGAAGGAAAGAUCCUCUGCGGACGUCAUCACGCCGAGCUCCUGAAACCCCGCUGCUCCGCCUGCGAUGAGAUUAUACUGGCUGAUGAAUGUACUGAGGCGGAGGGCCGGCACUGGCACAUGAAGCACUUUGCCUGUUUCGAGUGUGAGACGGUGCUGGGCGGGCAGCGCUACAUCAUGAAAGAUGGACGCCCCUUCUGCUGCGGGUGCUUUGAGUCACUGUAUGCGGAGUACUGCGAAGCGUGUGGCGAGAAUAUUGGAGUCGACCAUGCCCAGAUGACCUACGAGGGUGUCCACUGGCACGCCACCGAGAAGUGUUUCUGCUGUGCCCAGUGUAAGAGCUCCCUGCUGGGCUGUCCCUUCCUACCCAAACAGGGACGCAUCUACUGCUCCAAGGCCUGUAGCACAGGAGAGGACAUCCAAGCCUCAGACUCUUCCGACUCUGCCUUCCAGUCAGCCCGCUCCCGGGAAUCCAGACGAAGCGUUCGCAUGGGCAAGAACAGCCGGCCAUUGGCCGAACAGUGGAGGCAGUCCCAACUCUUCAGUCCGACAGCCAUGGCUGACUACAACAGAGCGCCUAGUUUGUGCGCCGAUGUGGAUAACGAAGACAGGGAUAUGGAUAUCGUGGGGCGUAAGCUGAGUCACAUGGGCUUUGCAGAGGAGCGUUUCUGGAGGGACCGCGAGGAGCAGGAAGCUCCAGAAGACCCAGAGGAGUGGGCCGAACACGAGGACUACAUGACCCAGCUGCUGCUGAAGUUCGGUGGGCGAGGCGGCAUCUUCCAGACUCAGCUGCUGGAGGAACCCUGCCCCAGCAAGCCAGUUGAACCUUGGCUGAAGCUGGACACUAAACCAGCCUCCACCGCCACCAGUCCCACCAACCAGAACCACAGUCUAGUCAGUAAGAAGCAACUCCCUGAGAUGUACUGGGCCCAGUCCCAGGAUGGACUGGGAGAUUCAGCCUACGGGAGCCACCCGGGACCUGCUAGUGCCAGGAAGAUGCAGGACCUUGAGCUGGACCAGGGGCUGGUGGAACAAGGCGUUGGUGCCAGGGGAGCUGGGUUCUGGAUGACAAACCCCAGACAGUGGUACGAAGACUCCCUGGAGUGUAUCACAGACGAGUUGAGGACAUCAGAGCAGAGUGUUAGAGAUUCCAUGGACUCUUUAGCUCUCUCCAACAUCACUGGUGCUUCUGUGGAUGGAGACGGUAAGGAACGUCAGCUCCUCCGCGGCCUGCAGGACCCUGACCCAGAGGACUGUGACACCAUGUCCAACAUGGGCACCCUGAACUCCUCCAUGCUCCAUCGCAGCACCAACUCUCUAGACCGACAGGAGGAGUCAGCAGAACUGGAGGACGACGAAGAGGGGGAGGUGCAAAGGGUACAGGGGCCAGCUUCUCUCCCUCUCCCGCCUGUACAGGGGGGGCAACCUCCUCACCUCCAGCUGCCAGUGUUAAGGAGGAGCAGGUCUCAGUCCACACGGCCACCGGGCCAGCAGACGGUCAAGUUCUCAGAGGAUACGAUAGACAACGGGUGUUACGGGGACGCGCGCCAGCCGCCCCAGAGCGAGAGGACCCGCCGACGGGCGUACCGUCAGCACGAUGACCCUGACCGGCCUCGUCGUCACCACCACCACGGGCGUAACCGCAAAGCCCGCUCGGACAACGCCCUCAACCUCCUGCCUAAAGAGCGGGUGCCAAGGACCUAUGAGAGCCAGGGCAAUGGUUCCAGCUCCCUCCAGGAGCACCACCGGGCCCUCGUCAACCAGUCUGGGGCUCGCAGGACGCCUCCCUACCCACAUGCCACCUCGGACUACUCCCUCCAGAGCGCCGCUCGGGACCGCGAUCGCUUUCUAGGAGGGCUGUACACAGAUGAAGACGACUGCUGCUCUACCUGCUCAUCUUCCUCCUCGGACUCGGAAGAGGAGGGUUACUUUUUAGGGCAGCCUAUCCCCCAGCCCAGGGCUCCUAGCAGAUAUCAAUACUACACUGAUGAUUUCCCAACACGCGUUACAGCCAUGUCGCCCAAUGAGUCACGGACUAGAUCCAGAAAGAAGGGCCACAGAGGAAAGAACUGUAUCAUUUCAUAAUCUGGAUCAAAGUUCUGCGUUUUACUUCAGCACUAAUAAUUUGUUGACUUAUUGGGACGCUGCCUAUGUUUAUUUUAAAAGUGAGAAAAAUACUGGACGCAGACAAAACAUUGCCCGUGGUGUUGGACACCAAGACAAGUUAGCACGGGUCAUGUUGGGACACUCAAACCGUGCCAGAAAAUCUCAAAAAAACAUGAUUGACUUUUUUUUCCAGAUUGUUCCAGAUUUGCCAAUAAAAUGCAUGUCUUUUCUUUUUCCUCAACAUUACAUGAACUAUUCAAAGUAUUCCAGCAAUAACGUUGUCUGCAUUAAGUGGCAAUUAAUGCACUAUUGUUAUGUCCUUCGAGGACAGAAAGGAACAGUUAAUAAAGUAGCAUAUAGACAUCUAGACACUAACCAAAAUAAUUAUUUAAUAGUACAAAAUGUUAAUGUAUAUAUUGUUAAGUUAAAUGUUUAAUACUGAUAUUUUUAUAUCCCUGGCUUCAGACGCCUUUAACUGUUUUUCAUGUAAACUAAGAUGACUGAGGCCAAUCAUGUCAGGCUUUAGAACAGAAACUGUCACCAGGAUACAAUUGUUGUUACUCUCACACUGCCAUAAUAUCUGGUGUGUUGUUUCAUGCAUUACACGUUCUUCACAAUGCCUGGUAACAUUUUACAUGCAAUUGCUCUUAAACCUCAAAAUAUUAAAGUGUUACCCUGCCUUU